GGCCCAGCCCAGGCCGCAGUCUACAUAAGGCGAGGCGGCUGGCUCAGCUAGGAGAGUGUCGCUUGUGUGCGCUUCGUGGUGGUUGAGGGAUGCUGAUCAAGGGCGUUAUCGAGUGCCUGGUGGUCGCCCUGCUGGUGGCCAGGGCGAGCAGCCACAAGCUACUCGCCCUCAAGCAUCAUCUUCAGCCAACGUUGCACGCGGUGCCGGCAUUCGUGCACACCACGAUAGCGCACAGGCCGUUCGUGCUGCCCGCGCCUCUGGUGGCCCCGAGGCCUCUGGUGCAGCCUCUGCUGGUGCAGCCGCGGCCCCUGCCCCCGCCCAUCCACUCGACGGUGGUCAUCCAGACAGCGCCCAGACAACCACCACCACCGCCGCCCUCACCGGUACUGGUGCAGCCGGUGAUUCAGCCACGGUUGGUGGCACCGCCGCAGGUGCUGGUGCCCACCAGACUAGCGCCGCCGCCGGCCGUGGUCACGCACCACCACCAUCCUUUCUUCGUGUCAGGCCUGGUGGCAGCACAGCCGCCGCGUUCGCUGCUAGUGCAGGCACCACCCCCCGCGGCCCUACCGGCGGUGGCCGCGCCACCCCCACCACCUCCGCCGCCAGCCGUGCAGCCGCUGUUUGUGGUGCCGGAGCCGAGGCCCGCAGUGACCACAGUCCCCCUGCAGCCCCGGCUGGUGCAACAAGCCGUGGUGCCGACCAAGCUGGAAGAACUGCCUCCCAAGAUCAGUUACGUCUUGCACCAUCAUACCAGGCUGGUACAAGUGGCCCCUCCGCCGCCGCCACCACCACCACCUGCACCAGCCGUGCUUCCCGCGGCUGCCCCAGUGCCCACUGCGCUCGUGCAACCACUUACCGCGGUCGCGCCUCUACACGAGCCGGCCCGCCAGGUGCAGGUCAUCAGAGAGGUCAUCCGGCCCACGUACGUCAUCGAGCGCCUGUCCAAGAAGCAGCGCAAAUUCCGCAAGAUCAAGAUGCUUAAGAACUGCAGCCUGCUCAAGAAGCUCAAGAGUCAGCUGGCCUCCAGUGGGGAGAACCUGCAUCUAUACGACACGCACGGCCCCUACGAAGACGAGGCGCACGUCGACUCGUACAGCCACGUGCACGUGCCUUACCCUGGUGGAAGCGCAAACGUCGAAGUCUACCGGUCGAUCCACGGACCUGAAUUCGCGAAAAGAAACGGCCGAUGAGCAGUGGUGUUGAACAUAUUUGUGUCAUAUUUGCGGGCAUGGGUGCGUGUGUGUGCGAGUG